CAAACAGGAAGCAAAUAUUAAAUCUCAGCAAAAGUAAUCUCAAUCGUAGUGCACUUGUUCGGUACGCGAAAUAUCUGUCGUUUGUGGAUCGUGACAACGUAUCAACGGCGAUGUGCCGAGCUCUCAAUUCACUUGCAAAAAGUGUGCGAUUUUCGGUGUUGUUGGGUUUACUGUACUUGAACACGUUUGACGCACGUUCUCCGUGAAGAGCGAGAAGCGAGAGGAUCAGUGCGUCACGAAGAGCGAAACAGAGAAGAAGAGAGAAAGAGAGAGGGCAUAAUCUUCUGCUGUCCGUGUCCCGUUGGCGGAAGCUUUAGUUUGGUCCCCAUCGCCCGACCGAAUGAGAUGAUCCUUUUGCUCUACUCGACGUGCAGAGUUUGAGGUGAAUAUUCGGAGAAGCUGCGCCAGGUGGCCGAAUUGUGUUUCUAUUUUUUGUUGUGUCCGGUGGUGUCCAGUUGUUAAAAGUAUUCUACCCCAAAAAAAGAUCACUUCCUCAACCGCCGAGUGUUGUGAAGGUUGCGUUCUCGCUGCUUUGUUGUGCUGUGCGCGUUACAUAAAAGCAGGUGGUGAGCGUACGUGAGUUUCGAAGGCAAAGUGAGCGAGCCCGGUGAGAAGAGUGAGCUAGCGACUUGGCGCUUAGUGUGUGAAUCUUGUGUGUGGUCCUGCAUCCUGGGCCACGGAAACGGACGCAACAGAACCGGGAAUGGUCCUUCGAAGAGUAAUCCCUUCUUGCUGCUCGAAGCGAUAGUUAUCGUGUGCCCGACGACCCGCAAACCUGUUUCGCGAGAAGUCCUUUUCUCCUUGGCAGUGGACGAGAAAGAUUUUUUUGCGCGUGAAACUAAACAUUCGACCAGUCCGCUCGUUGUAAGAAGAAGUGCAAUAGUCGAGCGACCAGGAAGUCGCAUCCAAUCAUCGUCCUCCGGCCCAACUACUGCCAUCCGGGGCGGUUGUAGAGGAGCGGAUAUCCUGGCUAAACGCUGCCUACUCACGGACCUUCCAUUGCGGGUGCUCCGUUAGCCGCCGCCGUCGUCGUCGUCGUUGUUGUUGUUACUGCCGUCAGAGGGAAAAGCCGUCAAACUGGAGCGACUGCCAGAAUAUCUGCGUGACACCGUGGACUGGUUUAUGGGAAAGGCCCGACGCAAGGAACGUGACGGUGAUUCGAACCAGGGCGACACAAAGCUUUACCUCGAGGAAGGACUGUUAGAGCGGAAGCUGCCGGAUGCCGAUCUGCGAUUACUAGUCGACCUUCCCGCCGGCCUGGACUACAAUGAGUGGCUAGCGUCACACACCCUGGCGCUGUUCGAGCACGUCAAUCUAGUGUACGGUACCAUCAGUGAAUUCUGCACUACGUCCGGCUGUCCAGACAUGACCGGCCCAGGAACUAGGAUGUACCUCUGGUUCGACGAGAAGGGCAAGAAGACGCGGGUCGCGGCGCCGCAGUACAUCGACUACGUGAUGACGUUCACCCAGAAGACGGUCAGCGACGAGUCGAUCUUUCCCACCAAAUACGCCAACGAGUUCCCGAGCUCGUUCGAGAGCAUCGCGCGCAAAAUCGUCCGCCUGCUGUUUCACGUGAUCGCGCACCUGUACGCGGCCCACUUCCGCGAGGUCGCCCUGCUCGGGCUGCACGCCCAUCUCAACCUCACCUUCGCCCAUCUGACCGCGUUCCAUAGGCGAUACAAUCUGAUAGAAUCCAAAGAAACGGAAGUCCUGCGUGAUCUGGAGAUUGCGCUCCGUCUGACCGACGAUCCGACGACAGCGACGUCGGCCGCGGCGACGGCGACGGCGAUGACGACAGCAACGGACAAAGACAGCAGCUCGAGUGCCUCGACCGGGUCGACCACGGUGUCGUCUACGGCAGCGACUGGUGCGAUCACCAACAAUAACAACAACACCACCACCUGCUCGUCCAACGCCUCCUCGUCGACGGCUUCCUCCUCGUUGCCGACGCUGCUGGGUGCCGCCAGUAGCAGCAGCAACCCCACGAGCACCGGCCUAGGGUCAGCGACGGCCGGCGGCAGUGGCAGCGGCAGCGGCAACAACAGUCCCAACAACCACCACCAGAACGGUCGCUGUGGUGGACCGGAGAACAAUAAUAGCAGCAGUAGUGAUAAUGGUGCGGCCGCCGCCACCCUCAUCGAUGGCGAUGCGACGGCGCAACCGAUCUGCAAGCAGCCGCUCGAGUCGGGCGGCUGCGUUGUAAAUAGUAGUAAUCAUAAUGCCGGCUCGGUGGCGGUGCCCCCCGGUGUACUGAUGUCCCUGGCUGGGAUGGCCGGUGGCGGUAAGGACCAUCACCAUCACCACCAUCACCAGCACCAGCAGGCGAUGAUGAUGAUGCAAGGCUGUGGUGGCGGCGGCGGCGGCGGCGGUGGCGGAAGCGGCAGCAGUACGGGCAGUGUCGGAGUGGUCAGCUGUGGCGUCGGCUACAGUGUGGUCAGCGGCGGUGGGGGCGGCGGUGGCGGUGGAGGCGGCGGCGGUGGAAGCUCCGGGGCCGGUGGGGGAAGUGCUGCAAGCGCCGCCGCCAACCCGCAGACAACGGCAUAGUGGAUACGCUGGACAGCGACUACUGUCGGUGCCGGUGCCGGAACCGUGUUCCUGCUGGGCGGGGUCGCCUGCUGUGGCGCCCUUCAGGUGCCCACCCAAAUCUGACCAAAAUGUGAUCUUACAGCAAAACAAACAAAACAAACAAGAAAAAACAACAAAAAACAUAACAAAAAAACGGGGGAGGGAGAAUGUGGUGUGGGCCACGACGACGACGACGGUGGUGGCCACGGCGGGAGCGAAGCAGUGAGAGUUUAACAAUGACUAACAGAGAAACGUUGAGGACAGGGGAGGAUCCCUUCGGAAGGAAAGUGUGAACACAAGCGAGCGGCCCUGCGGGGUUUUCUUCGCGGUCAGUGCCUAGGUCCUAUUUAUUUAUUUCCGAUUGUGCAGCUCGAGAGAGAGAGAGAGGCCACCACGAUCACCAUCAAUAUGUCCGGUCCCCCUCCCCCCUGCUCGGUUUGGUCCUCUGAUCAACAACAUCAUAGUUAGCUACGAUUUCCAGUCGAUCCCUGUUUUCGUUUGACGUUUAACGUUUUGACGCGAAAGGUGUGAAUAAAGUAGUGCAAUCGGCGGGGCGGGUCUCUAUAGCGAGGGGAGUUCGAGGACUAACCGGAGCGCCACGCAACCCUGUGCCGCAAUCCGUCCGGUUCCCCGUGCCAGGAUGAAUUCUCGC